UUAAUCCUGGUUUACCCUUCUCCAUCCACACGCCUGGUCCUCACUCUGCAGCCCUCAAUUCAGUCUCUCCUUGGAAGCAACAUCAUCAGAGGUAAAGAGCAAGCAUGUCUACAGAGCGGUUUGACUGCCAUUACUGCAAGGAGUCCUUGUUGGGAAAUAAAUAUGUUAUGAAGGAGGAUACUCAGUACUGCACUAAGUGCUAUGAGAACUUGUUCUCCAAUUGCUGUGAAGUGUGCUCUCUGCCUAUUGGGUGCAACUGUAAGGAUCUGUCCUAUAAGGAUUGCCACUGGCAUGAGCAGUGCUUCAAGUGUGCCAAAUGCAGCCGCCCUCUGGUAGAAAAGCCCUUUGCAGCUAAGGAUGAACAACUUCUCUGCACAGAGUGUUACUCCCAUGAGUACUCCUCCAAAUGCUCCACCUGCAAGAAAACCAUCAUGCCAGGUUCCCGCAAAAUGGAGUACAAGGGGAACAGCUGGCAUGAGACCUGCUUCCUGUGCCAUCGCUGCCAGCAACCAAUAGGAACCAAGUCCUUCAUCCCCAAAGACAACGGCUACUUCUGCGUGUCCUGUUUUGAGAAGCAAUUUGCCUAUCAGUGCUGUGCCUGUAAAAAAGCCAUUACGACCGGUGGGGUGACCUACAAUGACAAACCCUGGCACCGUGAGUGUUUCCUGUGCAUCGGCUGUAAGAAGCAGCUAUCAGGACAGCGCUUCACCUCCAGAGAGAACUACCCCUACUGUCUGGGCUGCUUUAGCAACCUCUAUGCCAAGAAGUGUGUGGGUUGCACCAAACCCAUCACCAGUCUGGCAGGAGCCAAGUACAUCUCCUUUGAGGAGCGCCAGUGGCACAGCGAGUGUUUCACCUGUAUGCAGUGCUCCGUGUCUCUAGUGGGCCGUGGCUUCCUCACCCAGCGUGACGACAUCCUGUGCACCGACUGCGGCAGAGAGAAGUGACCUCACUGGGGAGAUUGCAACCUUAUGACCUUUUAACAAUCCAGCACAGGUCACACCACACUCGAACCAUACUACAACAUAUCUGAAACACCACACCAAAACCCUACCCAGCAGGAAGUGACCUCAGCAGAUGGUCACUAUAUUGACCUUUAUAUCGUUCAUUUGUUGUUUCAGUGUUGUGACGUUUGUGAGGAGAGGAGCCUUUGAUGUACACCUGUAGCUUCCCCCUUCAAGAGUUGUAAUAGAAUCUUAUGACAAGUUAAAUGUAUGAUUUACAGAAUAAUCUCACUUGUGAUAAUCUAAAUGACAGGGAUGUACUUGACAUCAAUUAAUUUGUCUGCACAUUAGUCUUUGCUGUUUGCAUGUUUUAUGUUUUCAUCAUUAUUCAAAUCAAAGUAAUAGUAGUUUAAAUAAGGUGACAAUCUAAAUUGAGUGGUUAAUUUUUUGUUCAAAUCUAAAUUCAGACCUUGAUUUAUGAAUGCAUCUGUGAUGUUAAAUGAAUAGCACCGCUUUGUCUUAAUGAAUAAAAGUAGUGUGGUUA